AAGCCCACAAGCUCCUCCAAAGUCCUAACACCCUUUGAAUUAUGGAACAAUAGAGCUCUAGUGCAAUGGCUUCCAUUCUCACUAGAAUAAUGCACGACUCGUUGGCUGAGAGUAGGGGUGUCGAUUAGAUUAGGUGUGGUUAACCAAUUUGAAACCAUUUAAAAACUGAACUACUAUGUCUCACCAAAAUUAAAAUCCAACUCAUUAAAGGUCUUAUCGGUAAUUAGCAUAAAGAGAAACCCUUACAUUCACAAUUUAAAACACAAGGUAAAACAUAGGAGGUACACGUAUAUUAAAAAAAAUUGGGAGAUAAAAUUCAUUUAAUUUCAAACAUUAAAUAUGACUUCGUCUAAAUCAAGUGACCAAAUCUGAUUAUGCAAUUUAGUAGAACUUGAAAAUAGUGUAAUUUGUUUAGUUUAGAUCUAGAAAACUAGUUAACGAAUCCUUGAGUCUCCCAUAUUCAAAAAUGGUUUGGAUGAACUCUACUUAAGUAAAAGAUUCUUUUUUUUAAUAUUAACAAUGAAAUUAUGUUUUAUACUAUAGUUAUGUUUUAUUUCUUUACGUUAACAUCAACUGUCGCUUUGGCCGAGUGGUUAAGGCGUGUGCCUGCUAAGUACAUGGGGUUUCCCCGCGAGAGUUCGAAUCUCUCAGGCGACGAUUUAAUUUUUUUUUUUUAUUUUCCCUCAAUUUUGUGGGCCGGUAUUCUGUUUGGGUCAAGGUUGUUUUUGGGCCGGAUUAAAAGUAAGUCGUGGACUCGGAUCAUAUCGUGGAUUUGAAAGCACAACUCCUCCAGCGCCUCCGGCUGCCGCUGCCGGUGAAUUCUACGGUCUCCUUUCUUGCUUCACGAUUGCCCCCACAAGUCGGCGUCUCGGCCCUCUUCUUCUUUUCUCUUCCUUUCUUUCUCCAGUUCGAGUUCUUCUUCGUAAUCGAAACUCCGAGAGGGUUUCUGAGCAUGGUCUGAACUCGUCAGCUCUUAAGAUUUCGAAAAUCGUUAAGCGCAAGACCAUCUAAAUCGAGAAUUCAGGGUCUAAGACAAAUCGGAGAAAAUGGCGACGCCGCCACCGCUUGGGGGAGUCAACUUCGAAGCAAAUCCUCCUCCGCCGCCACAGCCACCGGGUACUGACAUGACGGGGAUGUGUUUCAGAGACCAGCUAUGGCUCAACACAUACCCUCUCGAUCGUAACCUAAUCUUCGAUUACUUCGCUCUCUCCCCGUUUUAUGACCUGCGAUGCAACAACGAGGAGCUCCGGAGGCGCGCAAUUCACCCUCUCGACAUCUCCCAGCUCUCGACGAUGAAAGGGUAUGAGUACAUGUUGAGCGAAGUGAUGGAGCCCCACAUGUUUGUGAUGAGGAAGCAGUUGAGGGAGAGCCCUGAGAAAGUCACUCCAUUGCUCACCUAUUACGUCUUGGAUGGCUCCAUUUACCAGGCUCCGCACGUCAGCAAUGUCUUUGCUGCUCGAGUUGGGCGGGCUUUGCAUUACAUAUCCAAAGCUUUUACUACUGCAGCUUCGAAGUUGGAGAAGAUUGGCUAUGUUGAAACUGAGGGCGAGGAGGCACCUUCUGACUCAAAGACCAGCAAAGAGAAAAUCGACUUCAAGGAAGUCAAGAGAAUAGAUCAUCUUCUUGCUUCAUUACAGCGCAAGUUACCACCUGCUCCUCCACCGCCACCAUUCCCAGAAGGCUACGUGCCCCCUGCGAGUGGUGAAGCAGAGAAAGCAGCUGAAGGACAACAACAAGGAGGAGAUGCUCAACCCCCUCCUUCCAUUGAUCCCAUUAUUGAUCAAGGUCCGGCUAAGAGAAUGAAAUUCUGACAGAAAGUACGUCCAGGGCAGAUAGAUUCUCUUCUAUGAAAGGCCAAAUUUAAGAGAGGUGAAACAAUCUCAUGUGCCAGAGAAAAAGUAAAGGGAAGAAUUGCAGCAGUUUUUUUGCCCUUCUUUUCUUGUACCCAGCUAAGAGUUUGAUUCAUCUGGGCUCUGGCAAUCAUGGUUAUUCUUGUAUUUUAUUCUCCUCCAAAAUAGAAUGAGAAUUUGUGAUCCCUCCUAUAUCCGAGAUCCGAUAAACUUACAGUGGCCCGGGUGCACCAGCAAGGAUUGGUGAUGUGAUGCAUCGGGCCAGUCCCGUCCCGCCAGCUGUCAUAUAAUUAUAAAGAUUUAAAAAUUUAAACUAAAACAUCCAUAUUCUUUUCCUGCGUUGCGACCUGUCCUUCUCGGGUGGCUCCUUUUUUAACCUCGAGGUUCAAGACUAGUUGGGUCAGUCCAAACAAAGAUUGUCCCCUCCACCUUUUCUUUCUUAGUUGUUGAUGAAAAAUCUGUCCGAAUUCUAGAAAUGGAUUUCAUAUAUCAAUAGCAAUUCUUCGGUCCUCGUAUGUGAGACUAAGCUUGUUCGUGGGUAGAUAUUGAGAGUUUGAUGAAGGUGGAGAUUAGCUCAAUGUUAGUUGUUAGUUGAGCUACUUUGUAAGUUAGUGGGUUCGAGGGUGUUAGUGAGGACAGAUCGUCAGUGGUUGUCCAAGGCUAUGAACGGAACUUAGCCAUACAUACCAACGCAUGGCGACGGCCCUGUUCCAUGAUAUGAUGCACAAAGACGUGGAGCUUAAGUGCCGAGAUUAGUGAAAAGAAUCAUGUACUUAAAAUUGCACGAAUAAGAGCUUGGUCUAGUAAUAAUUACACUAGCCUUGAACCUGAAGGUGCCGGAUUCGAAUCCCUUAAAUAGUACAUUAAAAAAAACAUAUAUCAACUUUAUAAAACAAAUUGUCAGUUUGCUCAACGAUUUUGCUCUUUCAUUGUGGUAUCAAAUCACUAUUGCAGGCUGUAACUAUAGCCUAAACAGAGAGGUCAGAUUUGAAAAGAGAGGCGUGAAAGUGUAUCCCAGUUUAAUGAGGAUUAUAACCACUGGAACCUAGUGGAGAAUCUAUUAACCGUGGUUGAGUUGCAACUUUAUUUGGAUCGAGCCUCUUCUCCGAAAUUGGCGUUGAAGUUGCACCUUUCAACUCCAUUCUUUUACUCUGUUUUCCCCUUUUCAAUUCUGUUUUUCAUCCAACAAGUUUGAGGGUUUGUGGUUUUGUGUACUCUGAUCAGCAAGCCUCGAGGUUUAGGCUUAUCAUUGUCCUUGUUCGUUGGCCAAUUUUAUCGUAUACUAAUGUCAUUUUACUUGUUUAAGUUUUACUAGUUGAUUCUGAUUUGUGGCUUUGCUAUGUUGAGCUAUUUGGUUGCUUGAUUUGCCCUAUUAGGGGCGAGUACUUAUACUAUACAUUAAAGUAUUGGUGCUUUAAAGUAUAACUGAAAGUUGUACCGUUUCGUUUAAAGUACAGAUUGAAGUUGUACCAUAAGGGAAUUCGAUCUUUAUGUUAUGGUACAACUUCAAAUUGCAUCAUUUGUACCAUAACAUAAAAGUACAACUUUAUUUUGAACCAUAAAAGAAUUUUACAAAAAAGUAUAGGUAUAACCUGAAGUUGUACCAUAACGUUAAAGGUACAAUUUCAAGUUAUAACACAAAGGAAAUAACUAAAACACCAAUACUUUA